GGUGGUGCGCCGCUGCUGCCGGCCGGGCUCACUGCUCCUGCCUGGGACACGCGGGCUGCUGUGCUGGUGCUCCCGAGGAGAGCCGCGCCGUCUCCCCGCCCCUGCUGCUUCCACGCUCUCCCUUAGCUCCUGGCCUCAAACUUUGCCCAUUCCGGGCUGUAAUCCGUGUGCAUCGCAACCGUCCCCUGCAGCAGCGCCCUGCCGGAGCGUGGGGGGAGAUGCGCCCUCUGCUCUAACCAGAGCGUUUACACAUAUGUGGGAUCUGCCUUUGCUGGGAUCGGGGCCGGGUUCCAUCCCUGGGAGCUCCUGCGUUCUGAGUGGCGGCAGCUGCACCAUCCCUGGGAAGUCAGCCCAGAAGAGCCAGGAUUUCCCCCGGUCCUUCUUCCCCAUCUUCUUGCAAUAGCUGUUGGAAGUCACAGGCUCUCUCCGCCUUGCCUAGGUCCCACUGAUUUUUGCCUGUGGGUUGAGGACUUUUUAUUAACCCUCCCCCUCUUGCCAUCUGCUUUCCCCGGAGUGUUGUUUUUUUAGGGGGGCGGAGAGGCAGCGAUGCUUGGGGGAAGGUGGGACUGAGCUCCCCCACCCCCUAUUCCGUGCACCGUGCCUGCAAACAGCUAGCGAGCGCCGGGCAGAGGGAGAGAGCCCGCUUUGCAGCCCGGGGUCAGCGGGACCUUGGGAUUGUCCUUUGCGCUGCAGAUUGGGGGGCUCGGCGGAGAAGGAGGAUGCAGUUCUUUCCGUGGGGAUUUUGGCUUCUGUGUGUCGCCGCCUCCCCGGCUCGGGGUGACAGUGGCAGCAAAGCGAAGAGCUGCACCGAGGUCCGGCAGUUUUAUGCGACCAAAGGAUUCAGCCUGCACGGGGUACCCCAGGCGGAGAUCUCAGGGGAACACCUGAGAAUCUGCCCGCAGGGCUACACCUGCUGCACCAGCGAAAUGGAGGAGAAUUUUGCAAAAAAAAGCCAAAGUGAAUUUGAAGACAUGAUGACAGAAGCCAGCCGCUCUGCACAGGUGACCCUAACAUCUCAGUACAAAAACUUUGAUGGUUUGAAUUUGCCUAGGAGCAAAAUUUGCCUUUACAACUCCACUGGAAAUUUCAGAUUGAAGAAGUUGAAGUUGCAGUGGGAUUGUGGGGGAGACCAGUUGCAGAAAUGAUGUAGAAACAAAUGC